AGAAUACUUAAAAUAAACCUAAAACAUCACAGAUACAUGACUGGUAUUACAGCACAUUAUUGUAGUAAUGCUGCCAUCAGCUGGUAAAAAGAUGAAAUAGCAGGGUCCACGACACAAGGAAGUGACUGAAGUGCAAGUGAACAGCAGUUAGAGCUCAUCGAGAACAAACUCUUAUUUUCACAUUAAUUCCAGAAAUUAUCUGCAGGAUAUUCACUGACUCUGAAAGGAGUGUAUAUAUGUAGACAAUCCUCACCCCCUGAACACAGACGAAUAAAAUAAAGGUUUAAACACAAGAGGAAGCAAAUGGCUGAAUCUUCACAACCAACAAAAGGCAGAAAAAGGAAGAUCAUGAGUGAAACACAUACAUUUUCUCAUGGCUCCAGCAGUCUCCUGUCUGAAGAUCAGCUGCUGUGUUCGAUCUGUCUGGAUGUGUUCACUGAUCCAGUCACCACUCCAUGUGGACACAACUUCUGUAAGAGCUGCCUUACAAAGUACUGGGACAAGAGUCAACACGGUCUCUGUCCAUUAUGUAAAGAGGAAUUCACCAAGAGACCUGAACUGAAGAUUAAUACAACACUGAGAGAGGUUGCAGAUCACUUCAAGAAAAAAUGUGGUUCUGAAAAACCUGAGGUUCUUUGUGAUGCCUGCAGUGGAGAGAAGCUGAUGGCCCUGAAAUCCUGUCUGGAUUGUGGACUGAGUUUGUGUAAAACUCAUCUAGAGCCUCAUAAUCAUGUUUCAAAAUUUAAGAAGCACAAGCUAAUAAACCCUGUGGAGAACCUGGAGGACUACAUAUGCCAGAAACAUGAGAGAGCUCUGGAGCUGUUCUGUAGAGAUGAUCAGACGUGUGUGUGUCAGUUCUGUACUGAGACAGACCACAAGAAUCACAACACUGUUCCUAUAGAGGAGGAGAGCAGAGAGAGGAAGACUCAGCUGGUGGAAACACAGACAGAUGUGCAGCAGAUGAUUCAGGACCGACUGAAGAAGAUAAAAGAGAUCCAACACUCAGUAGAGCAAAGCAAGAGAAGCACAGAGAAAGAGAAAGCAGACAGUGUUGAAGUUUUCACUGCUCUGAUUCGCUCCAUUGAGAGAAGUCAGGCUGAGCUGCUGGAGGUGAUGGAGGAGAAGCAGAAAGCAGCAGAAACGCAGGCUGAAGGACUCAUUAAAGAGCUGAAGCAGGAAAUCCUUGUGCUAAAGAGGAGAGACACUGAGCUGGAGCAGCUCUCACACACUGAGGAGCAUCUCCACCUCCUACAGGUUUACUCCUCCAUGUGCAGCCCUCCACACACCAAGAACUGGACUGAGAUCAGUAUUAACACUGAUGUGAGUGAGGACACUGUGAGGACAGCUCUGUCUCAGCUUCAGCAGACUCUGAAUGAGAAACUCACUAAAACACUCAAUGACAAGUUAAAGGAAACAGUUUCCACAGAACUGAAGAGGAUUCAGCAGUAUGCAGUGGAUGUGACUCUGGAUCCUGAAACAGCAAAUCCAAUUCUCAUCCUGUCAGCUGAUGGAAAACAAGUGACAUGUGGAGACACACGACAGAAUCUCCCUGAUACACCACAGAGGUUUAAUACAUGUGCCUGUGUUCUGGGAAAGCAGAGUUUCUCUUCAGGGAGAUUUUAUUAUGAGGUGCAGGUCAGAGGGAAAACUGAAUGGGAUGUUGGAGUGGCCACAGAGAACAUUAACAGGAAGGGGAAUAUUAUAGAGACUCUUCAGAAUGGAUUCUGGACUGUGUGGCUGAGGAAUGAGAAUCAGUAUCAGGCUUGUGUUGGUCCCCCUGUCCCCCUCACACUGAGAGAGAAGGUGGAGGUUGUGGGGGUGUUUGUGGAUUAUGAAGAGGGUCUGGUCUCCUUUUAUGAUGUGAAGUCCAAAUCUCAUAUCUACUCUUUCACUGGUCAGUCUUUCACUGAGAAACUAUAUCCAUACUUCAGUCCUUGUUUAAACGAAGAAGGCAAAAAUUCAGCACCACUGAUCAUCUCUCCUGUAUUUAAAACUGAAUAAAUUUAAACCUCCCAAAUUUGAUCAUCAGGGGCCAGUUGUUCAAAAAAUUUAAUCUGGAUCAAAAUGAUCCGGAUUUGGAAAUCCCAUUUUUUUCUAUUCAGUAUCAGGUAAUCCGUCUUACUUUUACGCCGAUUUUUCAAAGCAACAUUGGAUUCGAUAACCCUGAUCCACAUACACCGUUUUCACGAUUACCAAAUCCGGAUUACCUGUGCUCUAAAUGGGACAACAUAUCACAACGUGGGCUACCAGCUAUGUAAAGAACAGGUAGAAGAGCCAACAUGGGGUCACUGUAAGAGUUUUUUAUUUUGAGACAAAACCCAAAAAUAACAAACAUCCACUUCCAUUCAUAAUAUCUUUUAUGACCCCUCAUCUGAGUUUUCAUACAUUGAGUCAUACAUUGUGGAUAUUUUGAAAAAGUCUUAAAAAAAAUAAAAUGGCUAAAUGUCCAAUAGUUAACAAAAUAAAGAAUUUUCAGUCUUCUUUUUCAUCUGAGGAGGAGAGACCAGCAUUUCCAAGCUCUGCUUUUAGGAGGUGGAUCUGAAGUUUUGCUUCAAUAAAAGUAUAUACACUAAAUGAUACAAAUGUAUUAUUUGACCCAUUUUAAAGUAUCACUACAUUUUCCUCCUGGAAUCCAGCUUGGAAUCCUACCCCCUGUUAGGAUCAGGAUAAUCCUGUUUUUAGAUCAAAGUUAUCCAAAUCCUACUGACAAGUUUUGAACAACACAAACUGAAGGUUUGAUCCAGGAUAAAACUAGGAUUGGAUUUUGUAAUCUAAUCGGAUUUCAGAUUCUUUCUUUCCCUUUUGAACAACCCAUUUUCAAGAUUUGAUCCAAUCCGAUAACCAAAAUCCGAUCUGUUCCUUGCUCCAGUGGACCGCAGAGGAGUUCGUGGACAACCCGCGCUGUGAGAGAGUGAGUUGAACUGUGUUUCCGAGGACGGAGCUGAGAGAGUUAAGCUAAUCUAAUGUUUUAAAGGUGAGAGUCUAGCCCUAGACAUAGUUUAUAUACAUUAGAAUGUAUUUUUUUCUCUUUUGCCAUAGUGUUGACUGGAAAUUGAAGGCGGCUCUGUAUCAAAUAGUAACUCCCUUAUUAUACCGAGCCUGGUGGUGAAAGGGUUAAAACAAACAAAACUCUGUUUCUCUUUAAAACUUCAUCAAACAUUCAUAUUUUAUUUAGAAAUAAAAAUCUCAGGUUAAAAUCUCUUUAUCAGCACUAAUAAGCAAAUGUUUAAAAGGACGGACAGCAGAGGGAGCUUCAUUAAUAUUCAUAGUGUAAGUGCUACCUGAUUGGUCAGUGAAAUGUUUCAUAUGUAUGUAACUAUGUUUUUAAAUUCUUUUUUUAACUGUAAGAUUAUAAGUCUCUCAGCUUUAUUUGUCCAGCAAAACAACAACAUUACUUUCAGAAUCAUUCAUUAUUUCCACACAAUGUUUUACUAACAUCUAGAAUCUUUCAUUUCUACAAGUGAAGCUGAAUUCUAUCAAAUAAUGAAGCUGAACAGUGAAGGUAUAACUGCACUGAUCCAAUAAAUAACAGACACCAAUCAUACAGAUGUCUUGUGUAAUUUUACUUUGUGUUCUCUCUCUCUCUCUCUCUCUCUCUCUCUCUCUCUCUCUCUCUCUCUCUCUCUCUCUCUCUCUCUCUCUCUCUCUCUCUCUC